AUGGCUGAGUUCAUUGUCUCCUUUGUUGUGGAAAAAAUUGCUGGCCAACUUGUUGAGGAAGCUUGCUCCUUGUCAAACGUACGUGACAGAGUUGAAUGGAUUGAAGCAGAAUUAAGGCGAAUGCAAUGCUUCCUUAAAGAUGCAGAGGCAAAACAGGAUGGUGAUCAAAGAGUUAAAAACUGGGUGGCUGACAUAAGAGAUGUUGCCUAUGAUAUUGAUGAUGUUAUCGACACGUUCCUCUGCAAAACGGCACAGCAAAGGAAGGAGGGAUUCUUCAGGCUUUCUGGGAGAUACCCUUUUGUGUUGAGUGACCCAGUUGCUCACUGGAAGAUCAGCAAGAAGAUCAAUAGGAUCAUGGAGAAAAUUCAUGAAAUUACUGAUAGCAGGUCAACUUAUGGAAUUGAAAAUAUUGGGAGAGGAGGAGGGAGGAGUUUUGCUACUGACAGGCUUCAAGAGAAGAGACGUUCCUCUUCCCAUGCUUGUGAGGAGGAUGUAGUUGGUCCGUUGCAAGACAUAAGAACUCUGGAAUCCUGGCUGAUUCAUGGGGAGACACGGCUCUGUAUACUCUCAAUUGUUGGCAUGGCGGGUUUAGGUAAGACCACUCUUGCUAAGAAACUUUAUCACAGUAACGAUGUUAAGAAGAACUUUGAUUUUUGUGGAUGGGUUUAUGUUUCUCAAGAAUAUAGACCAAAAGACACCUUGCAGAAUUUGGUAAAAAAGGUCACAGGGCUCCCAAGAGCAGAGUUAGAAAAGAUGGACAAAGAGGACUUGGAGGAGGCAUUAUCGAAAUUCUUGGAGGAGAAGAAGUACUUUAUCGUUUUGGAUGAUAUAUGGAAGAAGGAAGUUUGGGAUGAUCUAAAAGCAGCCUUUCCAGACAGAAAGAAUGGAAGUAGAAUCAUUUUCACAACUCGUUUCAAAGAUGUUGCUUUACAUGCUGAUCCAAGAAGUCCACUGCAUGAACCAUGCCUUCUCAGUGAUGAGGAUGGAUGGGAAUUGCUAUCCAGGAAGGUAUGCCUAGAAUGGAAUGCAAAGACAAGUCUACCACCAUGGUCCAAGGAACUGGGAAUACAGAUAGUGAAAAGAUGUGGGGGCUUACCUCUUGCAAUUGUUGUAAUGGGAGGCCUGUUAUCGAGAAAAGAUGCGACCUUCAAUGAAUGGCUAAAAGUUCUGCAGAGUGUGCAUUGGCAGCUAGCUCAAGAUCCAACACAGUGUGCAGAAAUUUUAGCAUUGAGUUACUCAGACCUACCCUACUACUUGAAAUCAUGUUUUCUUUACUUUGGUCUCUUCCCUGAAGAUUAUGAGAUUUCUGCUAGGAGAUUGAUCUUGUUGUGGGUUGCAGAGGGGUUUGUGCAACCAAGAGGCCAAGAACCACUAGAAGAUGUUGCAGAGGAUUACUUGGAAGAACUAGUAGGAAGGAGCAUGAUUCAAGUUGCAACAAGGAAAUCUAAUGGAAGGAUCAAAACAUGUUGUGUACAUGAUCUUCUACAUGAACUCUCAGUAUCCAAAGGCAAGGAAGAUCAGUUUUUGGACAUAAUCCAUGGAGAAUUCACUGUCAGUUCCCUUACAAGAGCGCGUCGACAUGCUAUUCAUUUUGGGGUCCCUCCUACAACAAAGAACACUCCAAAAGUUCGUUCAUUGUUAUGCUUUGAUAUCUGUGAACCAAGUUUCCAAGAGUUGAGGAAAUUUAAACUUCUGCGAAUUCUUGAUUUGGAGGGUGUCUACAUGUCUAGGCUUCACUCUUCUAUAGGAAAUCUCAUCCAUUUGAGGUACUUGGGCCUGAGAGGAACUUGGUUAAAGAAGCUCCCACCAUCCAUACAGUUUCUUUUAAACUUGCAAACCCUGGAUUUGAGAUCUACUUUGCUUAAUCCCAUUCCAAUUGUCAUUUGGAAGAUGCAAAAAUUGAGACACCUGUAUUUCAAUGAGCUAGAAGAGAUGUCAGUUAACCCACCUACAGAUGCAUCCCUUGCAAACCUUCAAACAUUACAUGGAAUAUGCAUCAAUCAAACUAGUUAUGUAGAAAAUGGCUUGAGCAAGUUAACAAACCUUAGAGAAUUAGGCCUGCAUGGUGACUUACUUUUGCAUGAAGAAGCUAUAGGUAAAUGGAUUUUCAGUUCAGAGAGGCUUGAGUGCUUAAAGCUGCACACAAGAGCUGUAAUGGGAGACUUUGCUAAAAAUGCAAUACCAAAAUUGAACUUUUCUAGUCACCCGCAUCUUAUCAAGCUACAUUUGAAAGGAUUCAUGGCCAAGCUUUUUGAUGCCGAGUACUUCCCACAGAAUCUUACUGAGCUAUCCUUGAAAGGCUCAUUCCUGAUGGAAGACCCCAUGGUAAAGCUGGAGAUGUUGCAGAGCCUAAGAGUAUUAAAACUGAAACAAUCGGCAUAUGUGGGGAAAGAAAUGAUUUGCUCCUGUGGGGGUUUCCCUCAGCUCCAUUUCUUGAAACUUUCUUUUCUAAAUACAGUUGAGAGAUGGAGGAUAGAAGACGGAGCGAUGGGCAGACUCAGACAGUUAGAGAUCAUUGAGUGCAAACGGUUAAAGAUUGUUCCAAGAGGGUUGCAGCCAGUCACUACCAUUCACAAAUUGAAGCUGGGCUACAUGCCUCAUGAAUUUGAAAUGAAGGUUCAAGAACGCCAGGGGGAGAACUGGUAUAAAAUUGAACAUAGGCCUCUCAACCAGACAUUCAACAGCAUAAGCAGAUACACACACUGUCCCUCUAGGUGGCUGUUGGCAGUGGAGAUGGCUCUCCAAGCUUCAGCCACUGUUAGACAUCCUUUCUCUGCUCCUCCUCCUUCAUUAUCUCCCACACCUAGAGCUUCUUCUUCCCCCUUUAAACCCCCACCAAAACCCCAGUUAAGACCCAUCUCAAUAUCACUGCCAGCAUCCAUUACCAUCCCUCUAUUUUCUCUCUUCACACCUCCCCAUGAAGCCAAGGCUCUCUCCAUCCCCAAAGAUCAGAUAGUCUCAUCUAUCACUGAAGUGGAGAAAAAAAUUGAUGAAAUUCAGGAGGUGGGUUCGGGUUUUCUGGACACUACACAGCGUAUUCUGGAAGUUGUGGCAAAUGCACUGAAACCCGGUAUUGAUGCAGCAGGCCCGAUCUUAAAACAGGCCGGAGAACAGGCCUCAAAGAUCGCUUCUCCAGCUAUCUCUGAGGCUUCUAAGACAGCAGAAGAAGCAAUUCAAAGCUCAGGACUUGACACAGCCCCUAUUCUCAACGCUGCUAAGACGGUAACUGAGGCAGCACAACAGACCACAAAGUUGAUUCAAGAGGCAAAGCCUAUUGCUUCAUCUACUGUUGAAACGAUCUCAACAGCAGAACCCACUGUGAUAGUGGGAACUGCUGGAGCAUUAUUUGUCGCAUACCUCCUCUUUCCUCCCAUCUGGUCUGUCAUUUCUUUCAGCCUUCGCGGUUACAAAGGUGAGCUUACCCCUGCCCAAACCCUUGAUCUAGUGUCUACAAAAAAUUAUGUUAUGAUUGAUAUUCGAUCAGAGAAGGACAAGGAAAAAACUGGCAUUCCUCGCUUUCCCUCUGGAGCUAAAAACAGGAUCUUUGCAAUUCCGUUAGAAGAACUACCCAGCAAGCUGAGAGGCCUUGUCAGAAAUUCAAAGAAGGUAGAAGCCGAAAUAGUGGCUGUGAAGAUUUCAUAUCUCAAGAAAAUAAGUAAAAGCUCCAACAUUGUGAUCAUGGACUCGUACUCUGAUUCAGCCAAAAUAGUAGCAAGAGUACUCACAAGCCUUGGCUUCAAGGACUGCUGGACUGUGGCUGGGGGGUUCUCUGGAAGCAGGGGGUGGUUGCAGAGUCGUUUAGGAACAGACUAUUAUAACUUUGCUUUUGCUGAGAUUGUGUCACCAUCCCGGGUCAUCCCUGCAGCAGUAAGACGCUUUGGCACAAUUGGCUCAAGAUCUGGUCAAAAGUUGCUUCCUGGGAGCUCUGAUUAACCAUCUUUACUUCUUUUGAUUGAAGAAUUCUCUUCAUGUGAAUUACUGGUUUUAUAUUAUAAUCCUUCACAACCAUCUCUUGUAAUUCUUUCACCAUAGCAAUUCAAUUCUCUCUCUCUCUCUCUUUUUUUUUU